AUAAAAAUUAAGUGAGCUGACAAAACAGAGAAGCUCCAGGCUAACUCGUCCAGACUUGAGUCACUUAUGACACGGUGCUUUACCACAACACAGGUUAGAAACUGAAGGGAAGAGUCAGACUACCUGAUCUGUAACCAUGAUUUGUGAGUUGAUCAGUGUCGGUGCUCUCCUUCUUGGAGCUGUGUCAUCUCAAUUUUCACCAGCUCCAUCUUCACCUUCCACAUUUAUCUCUGAUGAAGGACCAUGUCGGAUUUACAACUUUGGUCUGUCAGCAGACUGUCAAGGAAGACAACUAGAUUUUGUCCCAUGGAGACAACUUCCAGUUACACUUGAAAGCAUUGACCUCUCUUACAAUGGACUUCAUGUUGUCAGUGCAGCUGACUUCCAGAACUUUCCUCAGCUUCGCAUCCUUCUGCUGCAGUUCAACAACAUUACACACAUUGCCAAUGAGGCUUUUAAAAAUAACCCAUUACUGGAGCAUCUCAACAUUUUUAAUAACUCAUUGCAUGAAAUUCCUGCAUCACCUCUGACAUCCCUCCUCAAUCUGAAGGAGCUCUUCAUGUCAAAUAACCUUUAUAGACAUGCAACUUUAGCAGACAGUUUCUCUAAAUUAGUCAGACUCAAAGUUCUCUCCUUGGGUGGCCCGUUGGUGAUGGGACUAAAGAAAAAUGAUUUCCAGCCCCUAAAAAACAUCCAGCUCCAAACUUUUGCCAUCAAGUGCUCCUCCAAUUUAAGUUACUAUGAGCCAGGAAGUUUAGAAGUCAUCCACACAAAACAGAUGGGCUUUGACAUGGCGAUCGAUCAACGACCAAAUGCUCUCCAUCAUAUGCUACGCGAUCUCGCCAACAAGACACUCAGUGUCAUUCAAUUCCGCAACCUGUUUGAAUUCACAUACUACAUGGGUGAUGAAGACAUUUUCCUGAACUUAAAAGACAUUAUAGCAUCUCAACUCAUCUUUCACAGAGGCAAGUUCAACGAAAAUCUCCUGAAGAUGGCAUUACUGAACUUACAAGUGACUCCCAUCAAAUGGCUUAGACUUCAGUACAUCGACUUUGCCCGUUCACCAACAUUUGUUGACAGUGGAGCAGGUUCUAGCAUAACCGAGCUGAGUCUGGAUAACCUGGAUCUUUGGUAUAUCAGCAACCCUGAUGUGCUGCGAUUUGACUGGCGCUUCACCUGGUUCAAGAGAAUAAAGCAGCUAUCUAUUCAGUAUGUGUAUUUCAGCAGUGUGCCUUGUGACUCCUGGGCUGAGAUGGAAGGUGUGGAGUUAUUAGAUGUUUCAAACAAUCGAUUGAGUGAUGAUGUUCUCUACAACAAGCGAUGUAAUUACAAAGGAUCCAUGCCAAAUCUUCUCACCUUCAACCUGAGCACCAAUGAGUUGACCAGUCUAGAAGACCUAUCGUCUCUGAUAAAGCAGUUCAGGAAGCUGGAGGUACUGGACCUCAGCAACAACAAACUGGGAUCUGCAAAAGAAAGUCGACACUGUGUUUGGACACAAAAUAUAACUCGUUUCAUUGCACACCACAACUACUUUUCAAGCGAAGCAUUUCAUUGUCUACCUACCACUGUUUCUUACUUGGAUCUGUCCGAUUGCAACAUGGACCAGCUGGACUUGACCUACUUUAAGAAAGCCACAAACCUAAAAAUGCUGUUACUCAGUGGGAAUAAAAUUAAGUUCAUACCAUCUAAGUGGGAGUCCCCAUCUCUUCAGAUUUUAGCUUUGGAUGGAAAUUCAUUUGGAUUGAUAAGCAAGGCAUCCUUUCAACAUAUGCCCCAACUGUCUCAGCUCAGGGCAGGAAACAAUCCUUACCAUUGCACUUGUGAGCUUCAUGCUUUUGUCCAGGACACCAUUGCAAUUGGAAAGGUUAAUCUCACUGACUGGCCAUUGAAUUACAGAUGCUAUCACCCAGAACCGUUCCUCAAUACCUUCAUAUCCAAAUACUUUCCUGGUAAAGUAGCGUGUGACAUCAGACUUGUUAUCAUAAUUUCUGUUGCAACCACUGCCAUAGUGAUCUUAAUAUUUGUUCUAAUUUGCUAUAUUUUUGACCUCCCAUGGUACACUAAAGCCACGUAUCAGAUAAUACAAGCCAAAUACAGAGCCCAUAAGGAAAAUCUAGCAGGGGAUGUUGGGAACUUCAACUAUCAUGCCUUCAUAUCCUACAGCCACUCAGAUGCUGACUGGGUGAGGGACCAGCUCUUACCCUGUUUGGAGAACAACAAGAACCCCUAUCGUCUGUGUAUUCAUGAGCGGGACUUUAUGCCAGGAAAAUGGAUCAUUGACAACAUAAUUGAGAACAUUGAAAGCAGUCGCAAGGUUAUUUUUGUCCUUUCCCGGCACUUCGUGAACAGUGAAUGGUGCAACUAUGAGUUGUACUUUGCUCAGCAGAGAGCAAUGGGAAAGACCUUCAGUGAUGUCAUUCUGGUAGUGAAGGAGCCCAUUGAUCCAAGUUCCUUGCCCAGCAAAUACUGCAAGCUCAAAAAGAUGCUGAGUACCAAAACAUACCUGGAGUGGCCCCAACAGGUCAACCAGCAGCCAUUUUUCUGGGCACAGCUGAGGAGUGUUCUCGGUAAACCCACAAUGACUCGUGAGGAAACUAACAGUAUCAGGAGUAGAAACACAUCCGAACAAUUUUCUGUCGUUGAAGAAAGGAUACCAGAAGUAAACAAACCUCUUGAAGGCAACAAAAAAGAAAUUCAAAGUGAAAUUAUUCACAGAACUGAAAUUGAACUACAAGAUCAAAGAAAUCUAGAGGCACAGUGAUCAAAAUAUAAUGUGACUAAUCACAUUUCGAUAAUGUCUUUUUGGCAAGUGGUGGGAUAGCAGGACCCACCACUUCCUCACUUUGUGAUGAGAGAUUAGUAUAUAAGAAAUCCCCUUUAGGGUAAAGAUGAGUUUGUUUGUUUUUUUUUCCUUCUUUACCUAUAAAUUACCCCAGGCCUUGUCCUCUACUGAUAGACCCUAAAAGGUAACUUCAAAUUAGACCUUCUAUGUUCUUGCUGGAUAAGAAAUGUUGGGGUUAAAUAUAUAUAUUUCUGUAUUUUCAGUGUUUGUUGCAAACUUUUAGGGUUGUCCCUUAGUGGGGCUGGG